AUGAAGUUGUCUUAUGUAUUGAGCAGGAAUAAAUAUGAACACGAGUUUAUUGGGAAGAUCGUUGAAGUAGUGUUUAGGGAGAUUAAACGUGUCUCUUUACAUGCUGAUUAUCCAAUUGGAUUAGAGUCUCAAGUGUCAGAAGUAAAGUCGCUACUAUUCUCCGAUGGCUAUGAUGGUGUCCACAUGGUAGGGAUUUAUGGAAAUGCCGGAUCAGGCAAAACAACCAUAGCUCAUGCAAUUUAUCAUUUGAUUGCUAAUGGUUUUGAAAGUAUAUGUUUUCUUGAAAAUGUGAGAGAAAAUUCAUAUAAGCAUGGUUUAGUACAUCUUCAAAACAUACUUCUUUCCAACAUUUUCGAAAGGAAGAAUCUCAAAUCAAGAAACAUUGAACAUGGAAUUUCAACAAUACAGCACUGGCUCCAACAAAAGAAGAAGACCCUUUUGAUUCUAGAUGAUGUUGACAAGAUAGAACAAUUACAAGCUCUUGCUGGAAAACCUGAUUGGUUUGGCAGUGGAACUAGAGUCAUCGUUACAACCCGGGACAAACAUUUACUAGAAAGCCAUGGGAUUAAAAGAAUAUAUGUGAUGGAGAAUUCAAAUUCGGAGUCAAAUAUCAGUGCAUCAGCUGGAAAGGACAACAGAGAACAACUGGGUGAAAAAAGCACUUUCGGUGAUCAAAUCAAUGGUUCGUUGGAGCCUCUAGUUUCUGAAGAUAUUAGUCUUGAAAGGAGAAAACAAGCUUCUGUAAUUCAAGCAGAAUCAAAUACAGAAGUCAUAGGUUGUAAUGAAAAUCAAGCAGACAUUUGUCAUACUCAUUUCCCAGAAAGAAUUGAUAAUGGUCGAAAGGAAGUGCCAAAUGAAGACAGGGAUGUCGAUAUGGUUGAGAAGUCUUUGUCCGCUCAGUUAGAAUCUUUGGAGGAAAAGAAAAGAGAACUUAAGAGCAAAUCCGCGCCACAAAAGCUGAGAUUGCAGGUUUUCACAACAAAGACACAGUUGGUAAGAGCCUAA